UCGCCAUGGUGCCAAGCGACUCCGUUUCAGCUAGCUUGCAUGCUACUGGCUUCGCAAUGCUGCUGUGGCAAAUCCGAGAUGAGCAGCAAAGACGUUUGUUUGCUUCUCGGAGCGACCGGUGUCGGAAAAACGUUGCUGCUGAAACGGCUUCAAAAGCUCAAUUUGCACGGGUCAGAUGAACUGGGGCCACCUCCUUCUACUCUUCCUACAGUAGGAACCAACCUGACAGACCUGACGUUGAAGAAGAAGAAGAAGUUGACAUUAAGAGAGCUGGGAGGCUGUAUGGGCCCUAUAUGGUCGAAAUACUUCAAAGACUGCUCUUCUGUCAUUUUUAUGGUGGACUCAGCCAACAUUGCUCAGGUGUCCUCCUCCUGUAUCCAGCUGCUGUCAGUACUCUCUGCUGAGCCUCUGCACAGUGUCUCCGUUCUUAUUCUCUUCAACAAGAGGGACAUGCCUUGCACUAUGAGUCUUAUAGAGAUAAAGUCACUGUUCAGAAUGGAUGACAUCAUUGCGUCUGCCACUCAGCCAAUCACAACACUGGAACUCAGCGCACAUUCCGGAGAGGGACUUCAGGAGGUGCUGAGCUGGCUGGAGUCUAUCACAGUCAAGUGAACUAUCACACACUUGUUUUUUACGAAGCGUUGCUGCUCUCAUAGGACUUCAGAUGAUGACUUGAAGCCUUAUGACAACAGAUGUCAAUAUCCUCUGUGUUUGAAGACUAUUUAUACAACAUUUGAAAGAGGAUUUGAUGACGUGUGUAGUUUUGGACUCAACAAGAAUACGGCAAGACGUGCCAAGAUAAAAAUGUCACUGCUGUAUCUUUGACAUUGUAUGAAUACUGUGACUGUUCGUAAGGGCGACUGGGAAAAGAGAUGUAUGUAUCAUGGCAUGGUGGAAUGUUUUAACAUGUGUUUAAUCAACACUACAAUAUGUAUUACCUGCAGUUAGCAAUUAUUUUAUCCUGCUCACUUUUAUUCUUCCAGACAGAUUAUUCUGAAAUAAAACACAACACAUAAUCAGCUCAUCUAUUAACUGAUAAGUGUAAAAAAAGAUAAAUUAAUUCUCUUCAGGAAGUUGUCAGGCGAUGUGGGAUCAACAGCCGAGGACAGCAUAAAAACAUAGCUGGUACAGGCUCAUCGAUUCUCAUUGAAACUGUUCAGAAUUAAUAUGGUUCAAUGUUUUGAUAUUUUUGACAUCACUGGUUAAUAAAGAAAGAAGCUAUUAAUA